ACAAUUACUCUACAACUCAGAACAGCAACUGCUGAGGCUGUCUUGGGAAGAGGAUGAUCCUAAACAAAGCUCUGAUGCUGGGGGCCCUCAUACUGACCACCAUGAUGAGCCCCUGUGGAGGUGAAGACAUUGUGGCUGACCACGUUGCCUCUUACGGUGUAAACUUGUACCAGUCUUAUGGUCCCUCUGGCCAGUUCACCCAUGAAUUUGAUGGAGAUGAGGAGUUCUACGUCGACCUAGGGAAAAAGGAGACUGUCUGGCGAUUGCCUGUGUUCAGCACAUUUACAAGUUUUGACCCGCAGGGCGCACUGACAAACAUCGCUGUGACGAAACACAACUUGGACAUCCUGAUUAAACGCUCCAACUCUACCGCUGCUAUCAAUGAGGUUCCUGAGGUCACAGUGUUUUCCAAGUCUCCUGUGGCACUGGGUCGGCCCAACACCCUCAUCUGCCUUGUAGACAACAUCUUUCCUCCCGUGGUCAACAUCACAUGGUUGAGCAAUGGGCACUCAGUCACAGAAGGUGUUUCUGAGACCAGCUUCCUCUCCAAGAGUGAUCAUUCCUUCUUCAAGAUCAGUUACCUCACCUUCCUCCCUUCUGAAGAUGAGAUUUAUGACUGCAAGGUGGAGCACUGGGGCCUGGAGGAGCCUUUUCUGAAACACUGGGAGCCUGAGAUUUCACCCUCUGUGUCAGAGUUCACAGAAUCUGUGGUCUGUGCCCUGGGGUUGUCUGUGGGCUUCGUGGGCAUUGUGGUGGGCACUGUCUUCAUCAUCCGAGGCCUGCGUUUAGCUGGUGCUUCCAGACGCCAAGGGCCCUUGUGAGUCCCAUCCUGGAAGGGGAGGUGCAUCACCAUCUACAGGAGCAGAAGAAUCGACUUGCUAGGUGACCUAGCACGGUUUUCUGGCCUGAUUUAUCAUAUCCCUUUUCUCCUCAAAAUGGUUUUCCUCUCACCUGUUCUCUGGGACUUCAGCUGCUGUAUCUCCUCAGAGCUCACAAAUGCCUUUGAAUUCUUUCCUCCUGAUUUUUUUUUUCUUUUCUCAAAUGUUACCUACUAAGAGAUGCCUGGGGUAAGCCACUCAGCUGCCUAAUUCCUCAGUAACCUCAAUCUAAAAUCUCCAUGGAAGCAAUAAUUUCCCUUUAUGAAAUCUAUGCCAAAUUUUUCAAUCUUUCAUCCAGGGCUGACUGAAAGCAUGGCUAAGAAUUGGGAGACUCUUAUGUUUCAAGCCUAUUUAAUCUCAUUUCCCAGGUCAUAUUUUAUGUCCAGUAACACAGAAGCAACCAAGUACAUUAUAGCCUGAUAAUAUAUUGAUUUCUUAGCUGAUGUUAAUUCUUCUUUCUUCCAUGUGUUUCCACCCUUGGCACUGCCACCCACCCCUCAAUUCAGGCAACAAUGAAGUUAAUGGAUACCCUCUGCCCUUGGUUCAGAAUUGUUAAAGCAAAAAUUUUAAAACCAAAAA